GUUGAAGGUGAUUCUACUUCGGAAUUCUUCACUACGUCAAUGUACACAGAUGAAUUUGACCAUAUUCUCGAUACUGUGCUGAGGUCCGAAAGACAACUGUUUAAUGCUGACGAGCUAACUUUGUUCAACACCUAUAAACUGCUCGAAGGUAGUUCAAAAAGCAUAGAGUAACCCACAUUAUCUUGAUUCCGAACUGAAAUUGUUCUGAAAUAGCUGACUCGAAGCAUUUGAUUGUUCGAUUACUCAUGCGAAAGAAUGUAUGGAUCAGAAAGUCGAAACUCAAUUAUUCGAAAAACGUUCGCGAUCUAGAUGAAACUCUUCAAGACCUUGAGAAAAAGAAGUUCAUAUUGAUUGAUGUAGACAAUUUAAAAGAAGCAGCCCAAAUUUUAUCGAAAGAUGAACUGAAGGAUGUGUUACGAGAGAGAAAUAUCACUUUACCAGCCGAGAAUUCCAGAAAAUUGGACUAUGAGCAAAGGCUAUUCCAAUUUGCUGCAGUAUCCACCCAAAGUAUGGUGAAGCAGCAUUCAACGAUUGAUGAACUCAAAUUGAAAAAGCUCUGGGAUUCCAUACAUAAAUGCUUAGGUCCAUGCAUCAAAGUGAAUAAUACAUUAUACGAUUUAUUUCGACGCUUGCAGCUUGUUUAUUAUCGAAUAAACAACCUAGUAAACAUGUCGAACCCCGUUUCACUUUCAAUUCUCUCAAAAACCAGUAAAAGAAAUUAUCCAUGCUACACGUAUGUUCGAACCAAUAAUAUAUGGGAUACCAGGGACGAUCUACUAGCAUAUGAGCGAGCAUUAUUGAUAGAAAAGAAAUUUGAAAAGGCAAUGGAAGACUUGAUUGGCUUUAACUCUUCCAAAAGCAAAAAAUCACCACCGCCGUCGCCUUCCCCUUCCCCUUCUCCGCCACUAGCAGUAGCGGAAAUACCCUCCAGCAGCAACAAGAGUGAAUUGUCCCAGCGACAGCAACUAGAAAACAUUUGGACAUUUUGUGAAAAUCAUAUUGCCAUUUGGGAUGAUUGCAUUAUUCAAAGUGUUGCUCAGAACCGGCCGUAUCAUCUAAAGCGAUUUGAAGCUGGCUGGAUAUAUACUCGCUUGGUAGAUCAUGGAACACAGAUUCUAGCCAAAUUGCAUGAAUAUGAUUUGGAAGCAUUGAUUUUGAAGAAAUUGCUAAGUCAGCGGAUGUAUCGUAUAGGCAAACGAGGGAAAUGGUACGAUCGAUUAGCAUUGAUACAGACGCAUUAUUUAAAUAAAGAGAAUUUCCGACUUCAGAAAAAGACGGCACUGAAAACGUGUAUUGAUGCAAUACAUGAUAAUCAAGUACAUCAAAUUUAUUUGCAUGGAAUUCACAAAAGAAUAAAACAGCUCGAAAAAGACCUCUGUAUACCCAAAAGAGAGCAGCAUGACUUUAGCUAUUUGACCCUAAAAACGCCAAAAAAAAUUACAAUAUACGAUGAAUUAAUAGGGAAAAAAUCAAUCUGGAGAAGCGAUGAUGGCUCCCAAUGUUCCGUAGAGCAAAUAGCCUUGGAUUAUUAUAAAAAACAAGGAUUUAAAGGUUUCCAUUGUGAGAACAGUGUCAUCAGGAUGAUUGCUGGACUAUUAUUUUGGGAUAUCAUUUACGCACCUAUACCAGGAGUGUUUGAAACACCCUAUCAAAUCGAACCAUUAGAUUUGAGAACUGAAGCUUUUUACGAAAGCCGUUUAGAUCUCAUUAAUAAGCGUUUACGCGAUAUUGAAGAAGGAAAAUAUAUUACUAUUAUGAAGGAUGUUGAUAUGAGGGAAAGACCAAAACGUACAGUAGCUGUAGGAAUCAACUGGAAUUACGAAUUAGAAGAUAUUAUUGAAAUCACUGAGUGCAUCGGCCCAAUGGCUCUUGCUCCAUUAUGCAAACUUUUCUUUGAAGAAUUCGAUCAACGACAAGGCGGAAUGCCAGACUUAUGUUGCUGGAACUAUGAGAAGAAAGAAUGCCUUUUUUCGGAAGUCAAAGGGCCAAACGAUCAGUUGUCAAAAACACAGAAAAUGUGGAUAGAGACGUUAAGCAGCUUUGGUAUCAAUGUUGAAGUAUGCUAUGUUAAAAUCUGGGAAGGUGAAGAUAUUAUUCUGGAGGAAAACGAUUAGUUGAAUACAUUCUCAUGUUUCUGACACUAAAAGAGACAAAACAUAAUAGCUUUGAAUGCUUCUUGUACAUGUUUUAUUCAAUUCUGACUUUUUUCGGUUGCAUUGAAACAAAUGAUUUUGGGUAAAUUUCCGCUUUAAGCGAAAAAUAAACACUUUUACAUAGCCGCCUUCU